AUGUCUCUCGCCGGCUGCAGCGGCGGCGCGGGGCCGGCGACGUGGACGCCGACGUACUGCACCGUCGUGGCGGCCGACACGUCCGACUUCUCGUACCUCGCCUGCCCGGCCUGCGGCCGCCGCGCGCUCCCGGGCCACCCCGAGGGCCCCCCCUGCGGCGCGUGCGGCGGGCCCGCCCCGGCGCGCGCCUACCGGCUGCUCCUCUCCGUGGCCACCCACGACCGCAUCUUCCCCGUCGUCCUCUUCGACCGAGCCGCGCGCGCCCUGCUCGGCUGCCCCGCCGACGAGCUCGCGCGCCUCUUCGCCGCGCACCGGGGCGCCGCGCGCGCCGCGGCGGACGCCCUGCAGGGGGAGAUGUGCCGCCUGGCGCUGCGCGAGCCCACCAAGGACGGCGCCGAGCACCUCCGCGCCGUCUCCGUCGUGCCGCUCCGCGACGGGUUCCGCCCGGUCGUCGACACCCUCAGGACGUUCUACUCGCGCGCCGGCGGCUGACCGCCAUGCUUAGAUGGAGCGUACGUGUUCGAUGAAAUGCUUCGAUGUGUCCUGCUCUGUAGUAUUGCGAACUGUACUACCAACCAAUGAUCUCUGCAAAGGUCUCUUUCUGCCAGAUUGCGGUCAAAAUUUCACGAGUUAUCAUCUGAUUAAAAUCCAUUUGUGCACUUA